GCGCUGUCCGUGGGGGUGGGGAGGAGAAGUGGAAGUGAGUGGGUGUUUUGCGCGGGCGGUGGCUGCGACUUGCGGUUGAGACUGCUGCGCGCAUUUUUUUUUCCGCCACUGCCCUCGCAACACAGGAAGGGCGCGGUCGUGUUCGGCGCUGGUUACUCGGACCACGGAGACACGGCCCACGCGCCCGCGAGUGAUUUCCGACUCCCCACAAUCCCCUUCGGCGGGGAGCCCCUUUCACGUCUCCGAAGCCGCGUCGCCCCACCUGCUGCCGAGGGCGCGAGAGGUUCCGUUCGACAACUUCAACAGGAGCGGCGGCAAGCGGGCGACCAUGCCUCCGGCCGCCGUGGUCUUCAACUCGCAGGCGGUGACGUCCCGCCUGGGCGUCGUGCGCGUGCUCCAGGUGGCCUUCACCUGCGUCGCCUUCAGCCUCGUGGCGCACAGCGGAGGCAAGGCGCACGCCUACGGCGACUUCUGCAUGUUCGCCUGGUGCGCCUGCUUCGCCUGCUCGCUCCUCCUGCUGCUCCUCGAGCUGCUCGGCCAGCGAGGCUGCGCGCAGAUCUCCUGGCAGAACCUGACGGUCACGUACGCCAUGCUGGCGGCGCUGCUGCUGCUGUCCGCCUCCGUGCUGCACCCCGUCUACCGGCUGCGCGAGAUCUCGUGCGGCAGCUGCGAGCCGCGCACGUUCACCAUCGUGGCGACCGUCUUCUCGUGCCUCGCCUUCCUCGCCUACGCCGCCGAGGUGGCGCUCACGCGUGCGCGGCCCGGGGAGGUCACCGGCUACAUGGCCAGCGUGCCCGGCUUGCUCAAGGUGCUGGAGGCGUUCGUGGCGUGCCUCAUCUUCGUGGUGCUGGCCGAGCGGCCGGACCUGUACUCGCGCUACGCGGCGCUGCAGUGGUGCCUGGCCGUGUACUGCGUGUGCUUCGUGCUGGUGGCGGUCGUCAUCCUGCUCACGGUGUGCCAGAGCACGGGCCGCCUCUGCCUGCCCUUCGACCGCUUCCUGGCCCUGUGCGGCUUCGUGGCCGUGCUGGGCUACGUCACGGCGGCGGUGCUCUGGCCCGUCUACUGCUUCUCCGACAAGUACGGCCAUUCUCGGCGCACGCCGGAUUGCCGCUUCGUGGGCGGCUGCGACUGGGACAUGCAGCUGGCGGUCACCGUGUUCACCUACGUGAACCUGCUGGCCUACGUGGCCGAUAUGGUCUACUCGAGCCGCCUCGUCAUCAUCAGCCGCUCCUGAUGGAUUGGAGAGGGUGGCGGGGCGGGCGGACGGGAAAUGGAGGGGCUGGGUGUGGUAGGAGUCCGAGGUCAGGAUUGGAAGUGGUUUUGGUGGGGGGGGGGGGCAAAUAUGGAAGAUGGAAACCAGCUGCUGGAGCCAAGGGGGCCUCUUGGGCAAAUGUCGUCACGGCUGGGUGUGGUGGUCGCUGAUGCAGGGGUCUCCGUGCAAGCCGCCUCCGUAGAAUGAAUACGUUUCUCGUGAAUUAAAACAAAAUAUAGCGCGUUUACAUUUAAUGGGAAUUCCACGCAAGUGUAGUGCUUAGUGGCAGAGUUCAGGCGUGCAAAUGUUAACGUUCGUACGUGCUGGUCUACUCGUUGCUCAUUUACUCAGUAAGAAUAUUAAAGUUUUUUUUUUGUAAAUGAAUGGGCCUCUCUUGGCAGUGGUGAACAAGCGCACGUAAAUAAACUCCACAAUUUUUCAUUAGCGCUGCCUUGUGACAACAAAAUAUAUAAUCAGCUUAAAGUUUCAGAAAAUGUCUCUUCGAGGAAGAAAAUCCAGUAGAGGGGGGAGGAGGGUGGUCUGUGUUUUGGUCUAGGGAAGAGAGAUGGGUUUUUGGGUUGGAGUUAGGGUUGCAGUAGCUCAAAGGCGUUCAUAAUGGAGCCCCAUUCAUCGUCAGGGAGCACACGGCCACCUCAUCCUGCAUUGCCCACUGCGACAAGAAGGCCGGAAUGUGUCCCGUUAGAUUGCAGGAAGGCCGGAAUGUGUCCCCUUAGAUUGCAGGAAGGCCGGAAUGUGUCCCCUUAGAUUGCAGGAAGGCCGGAAUGUGUCCCCUUAGAUUGCAGGAAGGCCGGAAUGUGUCCCCUUAGAUUGCAGGAAGGCCGGAAUAUGUCCCCUUAGAUUGCAGGAAGGCCGGAAUGUCCCCUUAGAUUGCAGGAAGGCCAGAAUGUGUCCCCUUAUAUUGCAGGAAGGCCGGAAUGUGUCCCGUUAGAUUGCAGGAAGGCCGAUAUGUGUCCCCUUAGAUUGCAGGAAGGCCAGAAUGUGUCCCCUUAGAUUGCAGGAAGGCCGGAAUGUGUCCCGUUAGAUUGCAGGAAGGCCAGAAUGUGUCCCCUUAGAUUGCAGGAAGGCCAGAAUGUGUCCCCUUAGAUUGCAGGAAGGCCAGAAUGUGUCCUCUUAGAUUGCAGGAAGGCCGGAAUGUGUCCCCUUAGAUUGCAGGAAGGCCGAGAUGUGUCCCGUUAGAUUGCAGGAAGGCCGGAAUGUGUCCCCUUAGAUUGCAGGAAGGCCGGAAUGUGUCCCCUUAGAUUGCAGGGAGGCCGGAAUGUGUCCCCUUAGAUUGCAGGAAGGCCGAGAUGUGUCCCGUUGGAUUGCAGGAAGGCCGGAAUGUGUCCCCUUAGAUUGCAGGAAGGCCAGAAUGUGUCCCCUUAGAUUGCAGGAAGGCCGGAAUGUGUCCCCUUAGAUUGCAGGAAGGCCAGAAUGUGUCCCCUUAGAUUGCAGGAAGGCCAGAAUGUGUCCCCUUAGAUUGCAGGAAGGCCAGAAUGUGUCCUCUUAGAUUGCAGGAAGGCCGGAAUGUGUCCCCUUAGAUUGCAGGAAGGCCAGAAUGUGUCCCCUUAGAUUGCAGGAAGGCCGGAAUGUGUCCUCUUAGAUUGCAGGAAGGCCGGAAUGUGUCCCCUUAGAUUGCUAGAAGGCCGGAAUGUGUCCCGUUAGAUUGCAGGAAGGCCGGAAUGUGUCCCCUUAGAUUGCGGGGAGGCCGGAAUGUGUCCCGUUAGUUGGGCGUGGUGGAAGUCCAGCCAUACUUUGCGGCUGACAAGGGCCUUGAAAAUGCCGAGGCUGCUGAGCAGGCCGCUCCCUUCCUCAUUCUGUAAAUUUCCAGCUCCGCCUAAUCAACGAGCAAGUUUAACAGCCCAUCACUGUGUUAACCACAAAUUAAUAUUCCCACCUUCU